GAGAGAGUGGAUCCGGUGGACGGAGGGCACCAGCCCCGCGGUCGCCAUGAGUGGUUCACAGAACAAUGACACUAAAAGACAGUUUCUUCUGGAACGGCUGCUGGAUGCAGUUAAACAGUGUCAAAUACGAUUUGGAGGAAGAAAAGAAAUUGCUUCAGACUCUGAUAGCAGAGUCACUUGUUUGUGUGCUCAGUUUGAAGCUGUGUUUCAGCAUGGUCUGAGGAGGAGUCGAGGACUAGCGUUAACAGCAGCAGCCAUCAAACAGGCAGCAGGUUUCUCCAGUAAAACUGAAACAGAGCCAGUGUUCUGGUACUAUGUGAAAGAAGUUCUGAAUAAACAUGAACUGCAGCGCUUUUACUCUCUGAAGACAAUUACCACAGACAUUGGUAGAGGCCGGGCCUGGUUGCGCUGUGCAUUAAAUGAGCAUUCCCUGGAAAGAUACGUUCAUAUGCUGCUGGCAGAUAAGAAUCGACUUGGUGUCUUCUAUGAAGAUUGGUCUUUUAUGAUGGAUGAAGAACGUUCUAGUAUGAUUCCUACCAUGGCAGCUGGUCUGAACUCCAUUCUUUUUGCAAUCAACAUUGACAAUAAAGAUUUAAAUGGGCAGAGCAAAUGCACACCCACUGUGUCUGAUUUGUUAAAGGAAUCAACGCAGAAUGUGACCUCAUUGUUGAAAGAAUCCACACAGGGUGUUAGCAGCCUUCUUAGAGAGAUCACGGCAUCAUCUGCUGUCUCUAUUCUAAUAAAACCUGAUCAGGACACUGACCCACUUCCUGUUCUCUCAAAGAGUGUAAAUGCUGAUUUGAAGUGUAAAAAGGACAGAAAAAAGAAGAAGAGAGUGACUAAUAUUAUCUCAUUUGAUGAAGAGGAAGAUGACCACAAUUUGGGGGACGCAACAAAGACUCUGAUUAUAGGAGAAAGUUCAGAGGAGAGUGUAGACAGACCUUCAGUUUUUGCAUCACCCUCAUCUGAAAGCAUUCUUGGGAAGAGUUUGAAUGGGAGUGAAAGUAACCAUUCAUGGAAGAGCAACUCGGUGUUCCUGAAUGGAGAAUAUGAAUACCAGAAACUAGACGUGAAGAGCAUUGAUGAUGAAGAUGCAUAUGAAGAUGAGCUGUAUGGAAAAUCAUUAGGAAAUAAAGACACAGAAGGGGAAACAGAAGCUUCUGAAAAGCCCCAUGAACUAGGCACAUGCAACUCUCAGAUAUGCAGUUGGAGUCCUCUGCAGGUCCUGAACGAUGACUCAGAUGUUCUAUUUCCUGUCAGUGCUGUUGGCUCUUACUCCCAAACAGAUAACUUGGAGAAUGGAGAAGGACAUGAACAUGUUCAUACAGCAGAACUGGUUCCAAGAAGGUCUGAUCUUCCUUACAGAGUGGAAGUCAGUCCUCCAGCUCAAGUGAAUACUUUAAGCAAUAUGUUGCCUUCAGCCACUGUGCCAGAAUCCAUGACAAUUAAUGAACUUCGUCAAGCAAUCGUGGCCAUGAUGAAUAGAAAAGAUGAACUGGAAGAACAGAAUAGAUCUCUGAGAAAUCUGCUUGAUGGAGAGAUGGAGCAUUCUGCAGCGCUAAGGCAGGAAAUGGACAACUGGAGAAGGAAAGCAGCAGAGCAGGAAGAGCGACAUGCCAUGAAAGUCCAAGCAUUGGCACGAGAAAAUGAGGUGCUAAAAGUGCAACUUAAGAAAUAUGUAGGAGCUGUUCAGAUGCUCAGAAGAGAAGGUCAAACAGUGGAAGUUCCGCCCAGCAUUUGGAGUACUGAUGGUGAAUUUCCUAUGCCAGAGCAAAAGCAAGUAGAAAACAAUGAGGAACUAGCCAGCUCUUAUGAAAGAAAAUUGAUAGAGGUAGCUGAAAUGCAUGGGGAGCUGAUUGAAUUCAAUGAGCGGCUGCACCGGGCUCUCAUGGCUAAAGAAGCUCUUGUGUCCCAGAUGAGACAAGAACUAAUUGAUUUGAGAGGGCCGGUCCCUGGAGAUUUGAGUCAAACGUCUGAAGAUCAGAGUCUGUCAGAUUUUGAGAUAUCAAACCGUGCUCUUAUUAACGUUUGGAUUCCCUCAGUCUUUCUGCGUGGCAAAGCUGCUAAUGCAUUCCAUGUGUAUCAAGUUUAUAUUAGGAUAAAGGACGAUGAAUGGAAUGUUUAUCGGAGGUAUGCGGAGUUCAGGAGCUUGCAUCAUAAAUUGCAGAAUAAAUACCAGCAAGUGAGGACUUUCAACUUCCCACCAAAAAAGGCCAUUGGAAACAAGGAUGCAAAGUUUGUGGAAGAGCGACGCAAGCAGUUACAAAAUUACCUAAGGAAUGUAAUGAACAAAAUUAUUCAAACUGUGCCAGAAUUCACAGCCAAUCCCAAAAAAGAGACUCUUAUUCAGCUGAUGCCCUUUUUCAUUGAUAUUCCACCUUCUGGAGAAUUGGGGAGCAAAACCAAUCGCUCGAGAGUGACUACGCGCUUCCCCAAACUGUCUCGCAGCCACCAAAGAGAGCCACGAAGCCUGGAGCCACAGAGUGGUGAUCUUUGACCCUUCCUUGUAACUGAAUACUGACAGCAUGUAUUUAAAGUUGUCCUGUGAUUCCUUCUUUGUCUGUAUUUAUAAUUUAAGGUCUUGAAGAGACUACAGCUGCAUCAACUUAAAUCCUGAAAAGAGACAUUCAUUACUAAGGGUCAUAUCCUGAUUAACUACUUUGGAAGGCAGGAAUUGCUUUCUCAAAAGAAUAUGAGGGCUCUUCAUGAGAACUCAGCAAACUGAGAGGCAUUUUCUUUGUUUUGUAAAGCCGCGUUGCACAUAUUCCCUUUUGUUCUUCUGAAGUUCUGCUGUUCCUAUGAAUUCCUUGUUUUUAUUGUGUUGUCUUCCUUUCUACAUGUAUGUUUUUCUGUUUCAGAGAGACAUGAGUAUCAUGUCAAGAGAAUUUUUUUUCCUUAGAAAGUUAUGCUUAUCACUACUUAAUAUGUCAGAAGGAUGUGCAUAAAAGAACCUCGCUAAUUUAUUAUCUUUUGUAAAUAGAAAGACUGGUGGUUUUUUUUAUUGUAAAUCUCUGACACACAGAAAGGUUUUUAGAAAACUUGACAAAGUAGAUGACAAAGGAAAAACAUUACAGGUGGGAAAAUAGCUUUUGUACAUUUGUAGUUAGAUAACCUCAAUAGCUUUCAUUUAUGGGAAGUAAUUCUUUAAAAUCACAGAAUGUAAUAAUUUUCUAAUGAAAUUUCAGUCUUGCUGUAAGGCUGGGUGCAAUAUUACUGAUUUCUACAAACCACCACAUGGAUACACAAAAUCAGCGUGGUAUAAAACAGUGUUUUAAAGUCUUGGGAUCUAUGUUGUUAUUAAUUUGUUGCAGAUGUUACUGAACACUCCCAUCAUUUACGCAGCAGUGUGGAAUUCUUACUCUGAUUUUGUAAAGCCCUUCUCAUGGUGAUACUUAAAAAUUGCCUGUAAUGAAAGUGCCUAUUACCCAUCACCUCUUAUUGAAAAGUAAUUUGUAAUGGUACUACUGUGAGUAAGUGAAAAAAUUAACAAGAAUUGUUACAAGUGAUGGAAGUCCUGACAUGGAUUAACUGGAAUCCAGUUCAGUAUCCAUUAGCUGCACUGCCGUAGGCAGUUAAUUAUAUGUUAGCUAUCUUCUUCUCUUCAUUAAGUUUAAGCAGUGUACAUUCACAUUUUCUAUUAAUUGUAUUCUGGUUUUCCCUUGCAUAAGAAUAUCUUUCUUAGGAGUUUUUUUGGAUAAUGUUACUGAAAUUGAUGUAUCGUCAUUUUAUUAUCCAUUCAUUACACUAAAUUCUUAUGUCAGUAGAUACUGAAAUCUAACAUUACGCUGCAGAGAAAAAAAAGCUGAUGAUUACUAACAGAUUGUUUGCCUCAGUUCUUUACUAAAGUUCUAGCAAACUGGAACUUCUGUUCUACAAACCUGUAACAACUGGGUGUUAUUUAGUCAAGUAAGUGGCCCAGUCUUUUUCAGUGGCACUUCUUGAGUGAGGAGGGGUUCAUAACACACAGUGAGUGGCAUCAGUGGUGCUGGAGUAUGAACCCUAAGUGCUGGAUUCCUGUGACUGCAUAUAUAGCUUAUAGAUUGCACUGAAUAGCAGACUGUGGCAAAGAGGAGUGGAAUUCACUCUUCAGGUCAGAAAUUUCAGUAGGUGGAAUACCACUAAGAAUCCUGUCAUCGAAAUGAAAUUAUAUUUUUCAGGCAGUAAGAGAUCACAUUUACAAAAUAAAGAGGUAGAUAAAUAGGAAAUCCAACAAGCCAGCCUGGGAGCCAGCUGGUUUGUUUUCAUUAAAAGAUGAGUUACUGUUGGUGUUCUGUGUGAACUACAGCAGGACAUUUAUUUCAGAAGAAAGGAGAGGGAGUAGCUGGACAGCUAAUGCUCCUCUGGACUCUUCAGUUGGAUACACUGCUGAUAGUUUAUUUUGGUUUUGUUGGAAGGAAAAGUAGCUCUAAUGAUGGUCCCAUUUUGAAACGAUUCUAAAUUGAUUUUUCAGAAAGUAGACACUCGGUUAGUAAAAAUCUGACACACAACUAUUAACACUGAAUUGCAAGUAAAUCUGAAAGAAAAGUGUAUGGAAACAUUUGUGGUGUAUCUGCCAGGUGAAACUGUAUUAAUUUGCAGGAAAUAAGUCACAAAUUCAAAUACCCCUUAUUCAGAAAGCUACAAUGGUAGGGAAUCAUUUAGCACACACAAAUUUUAAAUUGGUUUUUUAGUUGUUCAGAAGGUUUUUUGUGUGUGUGUCUACAUUUGGCUCUUCAAAUUAUUUCAUUCCUGAUUAACUUGCUUCUCAUAGUUCUUAGUGUAUGUAUGUAGAUUACAUAAAAAAUAUUCAACUUGUUUACUGUGUACAAAUCUUUCUUUGUUAACUUUAGUGGAAUUGUGUAUCAGCUCCUAAAAGCAGCCUUCGCUUUAUGUUACAAGAUACCAUAAUGAGUGCAUCACUAAGCCUUUUACAAGCUCAUCCAUGGUUUCUCUAAAUCUCAGAAAAUAAUUAAAUGGGAGUCUUUCUUCACAAGAUAGCUUUUCCACUUGAUAUUUUGAAGCUCAAUAAGGUACUUGCAUGACUGUAAGGAGAUACUCAGUGAUAUGAAUGCCCAAAAUUUUUGCAUUAUUUAGCAUCUCAGAGCCCUGCCUUUGAGAGCAACUGUACUUACCUGUCACAAAUACCACUGCUGUUUGUUUACCAGAAUCAGCCAAGACUGUUGAAGAAGGUUGCCCCUUGACUUGAAAAACCAAAUUAGUUAAAUUAUUCUUACAGAAUACUGGUAAAUGAAACAGAGAUUCCAUCCAUUAAAUUCUUUUACUAGUUAUCUAGUUCCAUGCCUGUAGUUACAAUUUUUGUAUAAAUCUGAUUUCCUUUGGUACUGAAUGACAGCUCUUAAACCCUUGUCUGUGGUCAGAGGCCAGUGCAUCGUGAGUUGGUAGGUUCAACCAGUUCUUGUUGGCACCUCUGACCAGCCUGUGGUCAUCACAGACCAGAGGGCUGUGGACAGGAGAGUCCCUGGCAUUGAUCCUGUAAGCCUCGAGCUGUAACAGCAAAAAGGAAUUAGUAAUAUCAUUUCUAUUUCAUUCCUCAUUCCUGUUUUCAUCUUUAGGCGUAUGAGGUCUCUGGGGCUGCUCAUCUGGAACCUUAGUGACUAUUCAAAAUAAAUUGUAAAACUAAGUGGCACUACUUUUAUUUUAAUGCCAUUCUUCAAUUGCAUACAAAAUGAACAGUUUCCUAGAAACACAUGGCAGGCAAGACUCACAUCUCUUGCAGAUGUGAUUGUUUAUCAGUAUUCAUUAUGUAUUGGGUAUGGAGUUUCAGAAUCUCAUUUAUUUAGAGAUUCCAUCAUUCAUUGUAGAAAAUGGAUUGUAUCAACUUGGCUUCUGCAUUAAAUCAAGUUUCUCAAUAACAACAGUAAAAUUCCAAGGUUUCUAUGAGGCAGGAUAUUGACACAGAUAUAAAGGCUUAAAUUGAUACAGCCAUUUAGUCGCAUACUCUUAGGAAGAUUAAUAACUUCAAAGGCAGACUUUUUAAUGGAAUAUAUUGUUGAUGUGAUAGUUGUAAUCAAAUUAUAGUAUCUUACAGAACCUUCUGCAAGUAUAAACCAUCAUGAUUGAAUUAAUACAAGUAUUUAGAGAAAGGGCAUGGUGGUAUGAAAGAUUACUGGCUCAAAAGCAUGACCUGCUGCUAAGGUAAUGUUUUAUUGUAUAGAACAGUAUCUGGUAGCUGUCAAAUUAAUAAGAACCUACUAAAAAAUGGGGAUGACUGACUCAGAGCAGCAAGCUAAUAAUAAAUUAAGACUUGGUGAACCCCAAAUGAACUAAUGAUACUGUCUGUCACACAUAUAAAUGGUGUAAAAACGUGGUAUUUUGUUAACAGAAUCACUUAUUAGUACUUUCAGAUGAGGAUGUCAUUCUUUUUCCUUCAAAGCACACAGGGAUCUCAGUUCUUCUGUAAGUUUCGUGCCAUUUUGAAAGGCUCAAAUCCCCCACUCCAAUGCAUGUUUUUAUUUAGUAUUUUUUAAUUCUGAGGACAGAAUCUCUACCUGUGGAUAGAAUAUAGGUACCUGCUUGAAGUUACUAUGAGAAGCCUGUGGAACAAUUGUUUAAAAGAAAUAAAAAGACAAUUUCACCAGCUUGUGCUCCUAUACACCCUUGCAAAUCUACCACACUGUGCUUUUAUAGCUGGAACUCUCAUAUGUGUGAAAAUAAACAUAAGAACACAAUUUUCUCUGUGGAAACAAUAAUACUACUUCUGUGUUGGAGCUUGACUCACUUCUGGAAAAGGUUAAACAACUCUGGAAAGUAAGGAAUUUCUCUCUGUCCGUUUCUGUAGGUUAGGAUAUUUCAGUCAGCACCCUACAUCACAUGCAAUACCAAUUUGAUGAUUAUUUAGUCAUUUCAGUAGUUUCUUAGCAUGAGGUAUUAAAAGAAUCGCUCUAAUAUAUGAAAUAUUGAAUAUGUUUUAAAAUACCAGUUAAGCUGGUAUGCUGCUUUGCAUUUCACGUAUUGACUGGAAGAUGAAACACUUGUUCUACACAGUGGUCUGACACUGUACAUUUCAUUUAGUUCUUAUUCUGCGUCAACUGUGUUAAUGAUCCAGUUAUCGAUAACUUAGAUUGUUCAUACAGUUUCAUUUUUAAAAAUAAUCAGAGCAUACUUCUAAUUCAUAAUAAUGGCUUAGGUUUUGGUUAAUGAUGGCAUGAAUUCGUACUAGCAAAAAGUACUGAAAUGUUUAGAGAGGAAUGAGUUUUCCAGAUUUACAAAUUUCUGCAAAUACCUGGACUUAAAUAACAUUUUUUAUUGCAUUGGAACAAAUGUAUUGCACUUCCAUGUAAGGGGAAUCAGUUUCUUUAACAAGAGUUCAAGAACUAUGUCCAUGCCAUGACAGAAGUUGAACUGUGGUAGUUGGUUUUUUGAGUGGUGUGAUAAACAAUUAAGAAGCUAAAAGUUAUAGAAAUGUAAAUGUGGUUGAAAUUCUUAACUCUGAAAGGCUGCACAUUCUUCCUUGCUUAACACUGAGAUAAAUAACUGUCUUCUAUGUGGGACCAAACCUGUUGGCAAUUGGAGAACCUGGAUUUCCCUUUUGAGUUGGGGAAAAGUUUUUUGUUGUUGUUGCUGUUAAACUCUCGGGAAGAUAAUAUUGAUUCUGAAGCAUAUAUACGUACAGUAUUCACACAAGUAUUAAUAAACUGUAAUAUUAUUUUAACUUGCUAUGCUAAUGUUUACAUUAUAGAAUUUUUAAGAAAAUGUGUAUAUAUAUAAUUUUCUAAAUACUUUCUUGUAUUUUUUUUAAUAUCCUGUGGUAAUUUUGUUGUAACCUGGUUGAAAUAUGCUACUUUACCGAAAGAAAAUAAACAAUAACACCUUUCUUGUUUGAA